AUGAACAGCACGGAGCAGAGCUUGCUUCUGCAACAGAAAUCAGCAGGCGGCAACGAGGAGGAGUCCGCCGCCGCCGCCGGCGGAAGGGUGAUGACGUGGAGGGCGGUGGUGGAGGAGCUGAAGCGGGUCGGGUACUUGGCCGGGCCGAUGAUAACGGUGAGCCUGUCGCAGUUUCUGGUGCAGUUCAUAUCGCUGAUGAUGGUGGGACAUCUCGGGGAGCUGGAGCUCUCCGCCACCGCCAUUGCCAUCUCGCUCUUCACCGUCACCGGUUCCAGCGUCCUCAUAGGAAUGUCAAGCGCACUGGAAACGCUCUGCGGCCAAGCCUACGGCGCCGGACAGUACCGCAAGCUCGGGACCCAAACCUACACCGCCGUCUUCUGCCUCCUCUUAGCCUGUUUUCCCAUAACCGUCCUCUGGCUCAACAUCGAAAAUUUGCUCGUCCUCGUCGGCCAGGAUCCCACCAUUUCGCACCAAGUCGGCAGGCUCCAAAUCUGGCUCGUCCCCUGCCUCUUCGCCUACGCACUGAUCCAGCCGAUGGUUCGAUACCUCCAGACGCAGAGCCUCACCGUCCCGAUGCUCGUCUCCUCCACCGCCACGCUCUGCUGCCACGUCCCGCUCUGCUACGCUCUCGUGUUCAGGACCGGACUGGGAAUCGUCGGGGCGCCGCUGGCGAUCAGCCUGUCCAACUGGCUGAAUUUGGUGUUGCUUGCGCUCUACGUCAAGUACUCCCCUGCCUGUGCCAAGACCAGAGUCCCCGUUUCGAUGGAGCUGUUCCGCGACAUGGGCGUCUUCUUUCGCUACGCCGUCCCUUCUGCAGUCAUGAUAUGCUUGGAAUGGUGGUCGUUUGAGCUUGUGGUGGUGCUUUCGGGCCUCUUGCCGAAUCCUCAGCUUGAGACAUCAGUCCUCUCAGUAUGUCUCAACACCAUCGCGACUCUAUACUCGAUACCAUUUGGACUCGGUGCUGCAGCCAGCACCAGAGUGUCAAACGAGCUAGGAAGGGGAAGACCAGACGCAGCACGACUAGCAGUUCGUACUGUGAUGUCCGUUGCGGCAGUUGGGGCACUGCUACUGAGCAGUACUCUCUUUAUGUGUCGUCACGUCUUUGGAUACAGCUUCAGCAAUGAGAAGGAAGUGGUGGAUUAUGUGACCAAGAUGGCGCCAUUGAUAUGCUUGUCGGUUAUAAUGGACAGCCUGCAGGGAGUUCUUUCAGGGAUAGCCAGAGGUUGUGGAUGGCAGCAUAUAGGAGCUUACAUUAACCUCGGAGCGUUCUACCUAUGUGGGUUCCCCGUUGGAAUCGUGUUAGGGUUUUGGACCGAUCUUAGAGGAAUGGGGCUGUGGAUUGGAGUGCUCGUCGGUUCGUUCACACAGACGGUGCUACUGUUUAUUGUUACAGUGACCAUCAACUGGGAGAAACAGGCGAGUAAUGCUAAGGAGAGGAUACUUGAAGGAGAAUCAACUGUUACAGCUCCAUUGCUGGUUUGA